CCUUAGACAAGACCUGGACUUGACCGGUCGUGGGCAAUCACAGCCUCCUCUCCACAUCUGGCCUGUGAGCUCUACAAAACACCUGCGCUCGGCCCAAGUAGAAGUUGGCCUACUCGGGUCCGCCGUGAACAUGCGGCAUCUGUUGGGCAUGUCAGCAGUUCAAGGGCAAUUCCUUACUGCAAUCAAGGACAUGCGUAAGUGGCGACAUCUAGAACUGCAUCUUACAGCACGCUUCACCUCGUUAGGAGUUCAGUUCGCUUCAGAAUUCACUGCCGACAUGCAGCUACUCUGUCAGGGGUUUUACCAGAUACCAGCUCAAGACAUCGGAGCAGCGGAGCAUCAAGGACGUUGAAGACUAUUAGUGGACGUUCAAGGCCCUCCCCAGAGACCACACGCCGCGCACGAGAUGGGUCGACACGGUCGCGACUGACAGUCGCCUUGCUGGUCCAGCCUUAUAGGACCACGGCGCCACUACUCUGCAUGGCUAGUUACUGCAGAUACGUGCAUUGCUGAAACUUAGGUCGCUCUUAGGGCCGCAAGGCACAAACCAAGUGACACAAGGCACUGCCUUUCUGCCCUUAACCGACUACACUACUUCUCACACCAUGAUAAUAGCCAGCUACAUAGUCUUCUAGCUUGACUCCCUAAACGCUGGCUAUCUGGCCGAGCACUGACGCGACCGGUCGUGUGACAGAGAAGGGCCUCCCUCCAUUGGACAAGCUUCUAGUAUAUAAUUAGCUGGACUGACUUCGACACCGGACCCCGCCCCACUAGGCCGCUGCGUGUGCCGUCAGAGCCCUAGCAAGCCCAGCCCCGGCCAAGUGACUCCCCCGGCUUGGACACAGUGAAGGUACCUCCGACCCGCGCACCUUGCAGCGGUCGCUGACACGCCAGCAUGCACCGCAAGGCAUCUCUCCUGGGAGCCACACCAGGCGUCAACAGCCAGCUCGGCCGCGGCAGCAUGGGGGAGCCCAGCUCCAACGGCUCCAACGGUGGCAACGGCCCCAACGGCCCUCUAUCCGCUUCGCCGGCGGAGCUGCAGCAGCACGUGGUCCGCCGCGUGUCAACCUUUGCGGAGGACGCGCUCCGCCGCAGCGCCGACCCCACCGCCGCCCUGGGCGGCGUCUCCGACGACGUGCCCUUCGGCACCCACGACAUGGACCGGGCUUCCAGCAGUCUCUGGUCCCCGGACGACGGCGGACCGGGCGGCCACGGCGGCCACGGCCCCGCCAGCGCGGGUGUGCGCGACUCGCUGCUGCCAGACGUGACGCUGAGCCAGGCGCAGCUGAACGCGCGCAUGAGCCUAGGCCUGGUGUAUCUGGACUCGCCCAAGGGCCGCAUUAGCCUCAACGGCAUCCCAACCGUGGGCACCGGCGGCGGUCACGGCGAGCUGCCGCCAACCAACAUGGGCGGCCUUGAGGGCGGCGGCCGUGCCGCCGGCUCGCACGCCGCCUUCCUGCAGCACUACGCCGCCGCCGCCGGCAGCGGCGACUGGUCCGCCGGUGCGCUGGCGUCACCCACCAGCAAGGCCACGCCCCUGGCGCGUCACGUCACCACACGCGCCCUGCUCUCCACCUCCAUCCGACAGCGCGAGCACCACCAGGCGCAGCAGCAGCUGCAGCUGCAACAGCAGCACGGCGGGCAGCAGCAGCAGGCGCCUGGCGGCGGCGGGCUGGUGCGCUACCGCGAAAGCGGCGGCUCGGCGUCGCAGGUGAUGAGCGUUCCGGCUGCAGCAGGCGGCAGCAACAGCGGACCCGUUGCCGGCCUGGGCAGCGCUGGCGCACCCAGCUCGCCUAAUGUCAGCUUCUACACCCCGGGCAGCGGCCCAGCCUCGGCAGCCGGGCUGCCGGCCCGCUCCUCCUCCUUUGGCAACAAGGAUGGCGGCCGCUUCUCAAACCUGCAGCGCGCUGCCACCACCUCGCUCCUGACGGUGGAGACGGCGACGGCCGCGGCGUCUGGGCCCAGCAGCGGCAGUGGGCCCAUCACACCAUCGGGGCAGCAGCAGCAGCCGCCGUGUUCGCCGGCGGCGGCGCCGGCGCUGACCCUGCCUACGUCGCCGCAGGGCGGCGCUCCGCCCUCGCCGCCCAGCACCUCCUCCAAUGCCGUCAUGUCUCCGGGGAGCACUGGAGCGGCCGGGGCGGCCCUGAGCAACAACGGCGCCGCAGGCGCCGCCCGCACGGCGCCACUGGCGCCGUCCCCUGGCGGUAGCAGCCCAAGCGCCCGACUGGCGCCGGCGUCGCCACACUCGCCGCACCAUGCACCACACGCGCCGCCGCAGUCGCCUGGCGCCUCGGCGUCGCUGCUGCGCAGCCGCCACGGCGCCAGCAGCUUCAGAGAGCUGUCGCAGGGCCUGCCUAGCCCCAGCACCCCAGUCAGUGCCCCCGCCGUCACCGGCUCGGACCUGUACCCGGAGCUGCCUACGCGCACGUUCAAGGAGGGUCCCGGCGUGACGUCGCCGGCCGGCGCCGGGCACGCUGGCGGCGUGGCGUCGCCGCAGCACCACGCCGCGGUCCACAGCGCGCCAGUCCCCCACGCUGCAGCCGCAGCGGACGGACAACAGCAGCAGCAGCAGCAGCAGCAGCAGCAGCAGCAGCAGCAGCAGCACCACGCGUACCCCCAUGUCAACCACCCGCACCACCACCACCACCACCACCACCACCACCACGAGAAGCACAGCACACACGCGCAACCACACGUGACACAUGCGCAACCGCAGCACCCGGCGACGGUCCCAGCUCAGCAGCAGCACCAGCAACACACCGAGCCUGCCGCCGCGGCCGCAGCGCGGCCGCCGGCGCCUCGCACCUCCCACAUCAGCUCCCCGGGUGCGCCGCCGGCGCCGCCGGCCGUUGCCGCGAUGCCGGCCUCCCCCAGCGGCCACGGCCCCAGCCACAGCCAGAUCGUGCCCUGCCACCAUGCGCCCGGCCUCAUGCCGGUGCCGCCCUUUGUGGCGCGUCAGCUGCCUGCCAAUGGGCUGGUGUGGAUCUGGCAGGACGUGCCCAAGGCCAUGCGCGCCGGCACCUGGGCCAUGGCGGAGUACACCAUCACGCGCCAGCUGCACAACGGCUACGCCUCCUGCGUGUACAAGGCCACCUGCCACCGCUCGGGCCAGGACGUGGUGCUCAAGGCCUACACGCUCAGCAGCCUCAGCGACUUCCUGCGCAACCAGAUGCUGCGCGAGCUGGACAUCCACGCGCGGCUGCAGCACCCUGCCGUGGUGCAGAUCCUGGGGGCGUUCCGGGAGGGCGACCUGCUCGUCAUUGUGCUCGAGUACGUGCGCGGCGGCAGCCUGGACCGCGCCCGCCGCAAGCUGGGCGGCCGCAUGACGGAGCAGCAGGCGCUGGAGCUGGUGAUGGCGCCGCUGCUGCGCACGCUGCACUACCUGCACACGCAGACCAUCGUGCACAGGGACAUCAAGCCGGCCAACCUGCUGUUCACGCCGGACUGGAAGCUCAAGGUGUGCGACUACGGCGUCUCCAUCUGCCUCGGCGAGGAGCGCGCCGUGACGCGCACCGGCUCACGCGACUACAUGGCGCCCGAGGUGAACGUGUGCCCGCUCAAGCGCACGCCCGCCGACAACAAGGAGAACCCGCAGAUGGCCUACGGCGCGGCGGUGGACGUGUGGAGCGUGGGCGCGCUGGCCUAUGAGCUGCUGGUGGGCUUCACGCCCUUCCCAGGUGGCCCGCCUGCCACCCGGAAGGGCGAUCCCACCAAGUCGCUCGUGUUCCCCUCGUCCGUCAGCAACGAUGCACGCAACUUCGUGUUGUCGUGUCUGGAGCAGGCGCCCGGCGACCGGCCCACCGUCCAGCAGCUGCUGCGACACCGCUGGCUGCAGGGCGCAUCGGGCGGUGCUGACCGCAGCACGGCUGUCAAGCAGGAGCCAUAGGCGACCGCUGCUCAUGUAGUACGCUUUCCGCAUCGAAGGCCAUGUGCGGUGCGUUCAAGUGAGACCCUCGUGAGCUUCCAUCUUCCAUCAUGCAUAUGCUGUUCCCGAAGCCCAGGACAUUUUGAGGCAUGGUUGUUUCUGACAGCCCUGCUAGCGGUACUCUCGCGCGGUUCCUGUUCAAGGUCAUUACUGACGAACAAAGGCGGGAUUUGCAAUGAAAAACAGGUGCAUAGGACUGUGAGCGUUACUUGUACUUGCUUGCUUCCGGUGGGUGCAGGAGCAUGCGAGCCGAACCUGUGACAGCCUGGCAUUGAUGUGUUGGGAAGCAAGGUGUACUUGCGUUUUGAUGUGUUCGCACGUACGGGCGCGGCCAGAGGACGUAUGGACGUGGCUUUGCACUCGGGUGCCCCCAGAACCCCAAGGCAGAACCGUUAGGCCGUUGACCCCAUUGACCUUUGACCUCAGACGGCAGCUUGGCGGGGCUAGGCGUGGCUUGAAGGUGACUGCCACUUCCCUUGACGAAUUGCUCCCAAGCUGCCGUACUAACUAUCUAGCUCACCUAGCAGGCGGGCGCUUUUCUUCACUACACCAUAAAAUCAUACUUGCAUUGCUGAGUCGGGAGUCUGGAGGUUUAGCACCGGGAAGUGGCGACUGUGCAUGUUUGGACUGUUGCGGCAUGGGCACGGAAGGAAAGCACGCAUCAUCACUUGUGCAUUGGCUGUGCAUUGAAGGCAAUUCCUGGCUUCUGAUACAAAAAUGUGUAUGGGUGUUGUAGUAGAAUUUCCUGGACAGCGCGGAAUGCAUUGCAAGGGCAACCACGCCUGGGGCGUGUGGUUGCCUGUGACAACCGUGUAUUUGGUACCCUCUUGAGUUCUCGGGCGCUCGGGUUCUCUUCUGUGACCUUGUGUCUCAGCUGGAAAUGCCGACUCUACGCGUAGUGGCCUGGGUACAACCCUAAUGGUGGCGUUAACUUCACGACAUGUUGCUUUGGGGUCAUUUGGACGCCGGAUGUUCAAGGAGGAGUGCUGAUUGCCACAGAGGCAUGAACCUUGGCUUCCGGCGUGCGCCUUGUAGGGCUUGGUGGCACGGCUAGGUGGCCUUCAGGAUUAAUGCAUGUAUGUCCAGAGACCCAAAGCGCAUGAGUGAAUGGCAGUAGCGCACCGAGUGCGAGCUGAUAAUCAGGUUGACGAUUGGUGCCACAGGCUCUGCUGCCUGCUUGCACGCACCACUGAGUCAGGCAACAAAGGCACUAACACAAGUUGCCGCACGUACGCCCCAUGCAACAGCUAGUUCGCAGCCUUGCAUUUCUGUGUUUGUCUAAGUUUGAUGAUGCUUGUGUGUGCAAAUUGCCCACUCAAAACCACGUAACCCCUACACAAGCCUCUGCUUCACGCGUGAGGCGUUGCAGAGUGUGUGUGUGUGUGUGUGUGUGUGUGUGUGUGUGUGUGUGUGUGUGUGUGUGUGUGUGUGUGUGUGUGUGUGUUAGAAAAAAACAACAAAACGAAGCCCGCCCAAGCGGCGAGUUACUUACGGAUACCUACCGAAUAUCGAGCGUCGUGUUGCCGCGUCGACCCCGGUAGUCAUACUUACCCGCGAAAAGCCUGUAACCCUCUCGGGCG